UUCCUUUCUCCAUUGUUAGCAUUGGUCCGUUCCUGUAAAUCUGCCGAGUGUGUUUUUCCAUGGAGGAUGUGGUAUAUUACUUCAUUGACCAACUGAACAAAUCAAACUGAACCACUUGGUUCUGGUAGAAACAGAAAUGACAAAGAGACAAAAUUCUCUCUGAUCUGAUCAUCUCUCUUCAUCUCCUCCAACUCCUGUCUCUAAAGUUAGACUCUAAAGUCGACACCACAUCAGGUGUCACUACUGUCUGAUCAAACCUGACCUUUCACCUUUGCUGCUCUUCUGUUACAGUUAACUUAUGACUUCACUGCCCCUUUUCCUGGAUGGUUGACUCUAGCUAUUUCAACUCUUCCAACCUAACCACCUCUAACCCUACGUUAACAACUGUGCUAAUCACGGCUGUUUACAUACCACCAAAUGCCAACACAAGCGUAGCUCUCACGCUGAUAGCAGACACCAUCAACACACUGCAACAGGCCCACCCCGAUGGUGUGCACAUCAUAGCUGGUGAUUUUAAUCAGGCAAACAUAAAAUCUGUCCUCCCAAAAUUCUACCAGUACGUGGAAUGCUCAACCAGAGGGGUAAAUACAUUAGAUCACGUAUACACAAACAUUAAAUAUGCAUACAGAGCAAUACAACUCCCACACCUUGGCCAGUCAGACCACCUCUCUCUGCUCCUAACUCCAGCCUACACACCACUUAGGAGAAGGUCCAUUCCCAUGACAAACACAAUCACCAAGUGACCUGAGGAUGCCCUCUUUCAGCUCCAGGACUGUUUCGACCACAGACUGGAGUGUGUUUCUCCAUGGGGCCCUGGCUGUACACACUGAGAUGCUGCUAUCCUACAUCAGGUUCUGUCCACGACAGGUGUGGCAAGGGAUACAGCAUCUGACAAACUACAGGGGGACAAACACCACAGCUGAGGAGACGAGUGCGUUUUGACCCGGAAGAGCAAACGGGUUUGUUUGUUUAUGGACUAUUUACACACAGCAAUAAAGUCACUGUGCUGAAACUAAAGGAACAGCGUGAACGCUUCGUCACGUUUUGUACGGAACUGAGGCGAGCACGACCAGUGGAGCUGCUGGAAGCGGUUUGGACUUUAAGGUGGUUUGAAGAACGUCUGGAUGGAUGUCGACUCGCCGGAACCACGGUGCUGAGGCUUACCUGGGUCUGGAGCAUCGGACCGACGCACGGCGCCCAACCCACGGAGAUGGCGCGGAAGUGCAGCGCCGCCUGGCGGAAGACGAAGACGCUCCUGUUGUUGCUUCUCGUCUCGCUGUCCGUCAGCAUCUGUGUGUGCAAAACAUCAGAGGAGCAGAUGGAGAACAUGGAGAACACAAUCGUGACCGAGAAGAAGGCUGAAGAAAGCCACAGGCAGGACAGCGCUGAUCUUCUCAUCUUUAUCCUUCUCCUCACUCUUACCAUCCUCACUAUUUGGCUCUUCAAACACCGCCGCUUCCGCUUCCUGCACGAGACUGGCCUGGCCAUGAUUUACGGCUUAAUAGUGGGUGUGAUCUUACGCUAUGGCAUCCAUGUUCCCCGAGAUGUGAGCAACGUGACGUUGAGCUGUCAAGUCAACGUCAGUCCGGCCACGCUGCUGGUCAACUUCAGUGGAAAGUUCUACGAGUACACACUCAAAGGUGAAAUCAGUGCCAGCGAAGCUAAAGAUGUGGCUGAUAAUGAAAUGCUGAGAAAGGUGACCUUUGACCCAGAAGUGUUCUUCAACAUUCUUCUGCCUCCGAUCAUCUUUCACGCAGGCUACAGUUUAAAAAGGAGACAUUUUUUCCGGAACAUGGGAUCUAUCCUGGCCUAUGCAUUCCUGGGAACGGUUAUUUCCUGUUUUGUUAUUGGGAUGCUGAUGUAUGGCUGCGUGGUGCUGAUGAAGCAGGUCAGCCAGCUGGACGGAGACUUUUUUUUCACUGACUGCCUUUUUUUCGGAGCCAUCGUUUCAGCCACAGAUCCUGUCACCGUCCUGGCCAUCUUCAACGAGCUUCAGGUGGACGUGGAUCUCUACGCCCUACUGUUUGGAGAGAGCGUUCUUAACGAUGCAGUGGCCGUGGUUCUGUCCUCAAUUAUAGAUAGUGGUGCCGAUCCCAGCACAUGGUCCCGUCUUAAUGGAGAAGCUGUAAACAACUCAUUCAACGGCUACAACAACUCCAUCGUGGCCUAUCAGCCUGCAGGAGACAACAGUCACACGUUUGAAGUAAUGGCGUUGUUGAAAUCCUUUGGAAUGUUUCUCGGUGUCUUCAGCGGCUCGUUUGCUCUGGGCGUGGCCACAGGCAUCGUGACUGCACUCGUCACCAAAUUCACCAAACUGAGAGACUUCCAGCUGCUGGAGACGGCACUUUUUUUUCUCAUGUCCUGGAGUACAUUUCUGCUGGCAGAGGCCUGUGGAUUCACUGGUGUGGUAGCCGUCCUGUUCUGUGGAAUCACUCAGGCUCACUACACCUACAACAACCUGUCUCCAGAGUCUCAGGACCGGACCAAACAGCUUUUUGAACUCCUGGACUUCUUGGCAGAGAACUUCAUCUUCUCCUACAUGGGUCUCACGCUCUUCACCUUCCAGAACCACGUCUUCAAUCCCAUGUUCAUUGUUGGAGCUUUUGUGGCCGUGUUUCUGGGAAGAGCAGCGAACAUCUAUCCACUAUCGUUUCUCCUGAAUCUGGGACGAAGAAACAAAAUCAGGUCCAACUUUCAGCACAUGAUGAUGUUUGCAGGGCUACGUGGAGCCAUGACCUUUGCCCUGUCCAUCAGAGAUACAGCCACGUAUGCUCGUCAGAUGAUGUUUUCUACCACGCUGCUCAUUGUCUUCUUCACCGUGUGGAUCUGUGGAGGAGGGACCACACAGAUGUUGUCCUGCCAACACAUACGAGUGGGUGUGGAUGCUGAUCAGGAUAACUCUAUGAGCUUCAGUGAGGGUUCAGAGAGAAGAAGCACCAAACAGGAGAGUGUCUGGCUCUUCAGGAUCUGGUACAACUUUGACCACAAUUACCUGAAGCCCAUCCUGACCCACAGUGGCCCCCCUUUGACUGCAACACUACCCCCUUGCUGUGGACCCUUGGCCCACUUCCUGACUAGCCCACAGGCCUUUGAGAAUGAAGGGGAGCUGAAGGACGAUGACUCUGACCUGAUCCUGUCCGACCGGGACCUCAGCCUCACCUAUGGUGACGUCACCAUCAGCACUGAUGCCUUGGGGGGCCACACCACUGCUGGAGCCCCUGGUUCCACAUCUGAAGAUUUGGACAGAGAAUUAACAUAUGGAGACCAUGAGCUGGUGAUGAGAGGAACCCGCCUGGUUCUGCCCAUGGAUGACUCGGAGCCCACCUUCAGCAGACCUUCACCCUGAAGAACAAAAAGACCUGGGCUGGACUUGGAGAAGACCAGCACCUGUGUCAGCUUCUUCAUGCUCCUCCUCUUCGUCCUUCCUUCACAGCUCCCUCUGGUGGAAGAUUAUUACAUCUCUACCUCAUAGUGCUUCUUUCAUGCUUCUGCACGUUUGUCCUAAAUCCAGACAUUUUUCGAUUUUUCUGGGUUUUUCUCACACUCACAUCUGGUGAUGGUGAGCAGGUGAAAGGAGCUGAGGAUGGGGUUGUGUAGGAUUUCCAGGUGGUUUUUGAAGUGAAGCCUGGAGCACAGAUGCUGUUCUGCCUUCUGUCUUUGUCAGAAACCUUCAUCUGUUUGGUUUCAAUAAGUGCCUGGAGAUCCUGGUUUAAGGACUGGAGACUGGAACUGGACCACUCCUGGAGGUGAACUUGUUAGAACCCAAGCAGCAAGGAAUGAAAUAGUGAAGGUUAGGAUUUUCCCAAGAAUUCUUUGAGCUUUAACUGUGACACAGAAACCAGAAAAAAGUGCAAGCGUUUGCCAUUUCUGACAAAGUCAUUUAAAGCUUUGUUGAAGUAUUUUUAUUAUUUUUAGUUUCAUCAUUAAAAUAAAAUGUUUGAAAAGGGAAAAAAUGACAGAUAGGUCAGAGAACUGACUUGAGAACAAACAAAACCUGGAGCUUUAUUUUACUGUAGUGUUCCAAACAGAAUGAUCUCCAUGAGGCACAUCGGGUCUCCCCCUGCUGGUCAGUAGCAUUACUACCUUUUUCAUUCCGUUUUUAUUGAAGGAAGUCUUUUGUUAAAUCAAAUGCUGCUUUUUUAUUUCACAUCUGGUUUCUGGAGGUUAUGGGAAAAGUGCUUCACUUUUGUUGAUUAUUGAUUGUUUUAAUUCCUGUCUCUGAAAAAUGAUGUCAUAAAGAAGAACAGAAGCCAUGUUUGUUUGUUUCGCUUCAGAGGAGAACCUCUGCCCUCUUGAAAACAGUUCCAGAACUGUUCUUCAUGGAGCUUCACCAACUCGUUAUCUGACUCAGAUUCCAGAACUUUCUGCUCCUUUUCUUUAACAUUUGAUGUUAAAAUCAGAAAAUAUGAAAUAUCUUUCAAAGGAUAUUUUUUUAGCUCUAAAUGUUGAGCUGGGAUAACCUUUGACCUUUGAAGGUGGUGUCGUAAGAUACCGACUAAUGAGUGAUUGUUUGUUAAAGUUGGUUUAAAUUCUCUCUCAUUUGCAUGUCCACAUAAAAUAAACCAGUUCAUCCAA